AUGCAUAGGCAACGCACUCUGUCACAGAAAACCGCCUCUUCGUCCAGCUCAGGCCAUCCGUUGAACGCGAGCACACCAUGGAAUGCGAGCACGCGACCCUCGAGGGCCAGAGUCACAAGCCUCUCCUCACUGCCCGAAUUCGCGAAGGCCCUCAUAAAUCCUCGCAAGAGCUUUCUUCCAUCCGUCUCAUCCCUAUCCACCUCUCCUCGUGCCCAUGCCUCGAACGCACCCACGCCUCCCACCCCCUCAUCUGUUGCGAUCUACCUUCUUCUCACCAGAAUUCUGCCACCCGAGAUUGUUAUACCGAUUUUGAAUUUCUCUGGCCACUACCAUCGUCUUUCUGCUCACCGUCGUCUCGAAACGGUUGUAUCUGCGCGAGGACUGAGUGUCAACGAGCGCGAGCGGCGCAGGAAAGUCUACCUGGAUGUAGAGGUGGCAGGGACGAAGCCUAUCAGGAAGAUCGUAUGGGCGUUACGCAUGCCGAGUCUACUGAAUGGAGUGAGAAUGCGUGCGGGAGGUAACGGAGUGUGGGUAGGCACAGGCGGGCAACGGACCCGGGAUGUCCAUCCGUUUGAGGUAUCUCUCUACCGACGUUCUUCGCCGUCUUGCUCUGCUGUCGAACAUUCUUCGCCUUCGCCGGAGUCUCCGGCGUACGCGGAGAUCAUACGCGUCCCGCUCACCAUCCCCGUCCCUGCGCAGUCCAAGACGCGGUACAUCGUGACCUGGAGCGCCGACCAUGAGUUGGUGCGGAGUAUAAAAACCGGAGACAGGAUUAAGCUGGUUCUACCGGCGGUGUAUGGGCGUGAGCGGGGGGACAUGUAUUCGGGCGAGUGGAUGGCGGGUGAGGGUGGUUUUGUGCGAGGGGAAAUUUGGGAGGCGGAGUGUUUCGUAUACGAAGAGUGGUAAGGCUAGGGUGGACAUCAUUGGGAGACGUGAGUGCGAGCUCCGUUUCUAUUGCUCUGGAUUUGGAUGAAUGGGUUGUAGAUUGUGCUUCGAUAGUCUUAGGGGCCAUAGCAGGCUCGCUCAGCCAAUCGGUAUCUGAUGCUUUCGCUGCCGCGGAUAGAAAACAGGAAUCGUC